AUGAAGUAUCUGCUACUGAUUCUAAUCCAACUGAUUGUCUUCGUUGAAUCUGCGAGUAUCUCGGUCCGCCGUCAAUCGAAUCGCUUUGUGCUCGGAAUCUCCCUUUUCAGCUUUGCGGCACCGUCAAUUCCACAUGGGCGAAUGACUCGUCGGUUCCUGAAAUUAUCGUGCUUCGCGAGCACAACUUGGAAGAUUCGCGAAUGAAAGAGGCGAUGUCCGACGUGGAUUGCUGGCUUCAGAAGAACUUCAAAGUGAACCAAUCGUACAGUGUUCCGACGAAAGGCGACCCGGAGAUGAUCUGUUACAAGAUCGCGACGGUUCCGAUCAAAGCGAAUCAGCUGAUGGUCGUGGCGACGGAGGGAUCGUCUGCCGAAAACUGUACCAUUUCUCUGUACGGUCCGAUUCCCAAUAUUCUGAAUGUAAGAAGUAUCUGAGAGUGACAUAAAGUCUUCUGAAUCGAAUUUCAGAUAAAAAUGUUUAUCGAUGGAACUAAAAACGAUUCGGCUAAGAGAAUAGAGAUGACAUUGCGCAAUACGGGCGGUUUCUUCGGAGUCCAAUUUGAAUUGCACAGAAAAUCGGUCGCCACUAAGAUUCAGAAGUCUGUCGCUUUCAUGAUCGAGCUGUCGAAGAAAACGAUGGAAUACGCAAAGUUAGUGCCUUUCUGGAAGCCGACAAUCGAAGUGCCCUCGGGAGAUUACGAAGUCAGGCAAAUGACGGAGGAAAGGAGUGAUCUGAUGCGGAAGCACAUUUCCAUUUCGUGGCUUCUCAUCGCCUCCGUCAUGCCCAUGUUCGUCUUCGGAAUCGUCGUUUCGUGCUACAUCGUCAUUCACCCGGUACCCAUCCCGCCGCUUUCCUGAAAAUUCAUUGUUGUUUCCAGCGUGGCGGUCUCACGUACACAGACGAAGAAGUGGACUUCACUAUUCAGGAAGUGGACAGUAACAGCAGAGUGAACACGGCUCGCGACAAGAGCCUUCCGUUGUUGUCCGCGGCGCCGAUGAGCCUCGGAAUCCCCGCCGCUCUCGAGCCUGAUCUCCGAACGGCUCUGGAACCUCUUCCGGAUCCGGCCUUGUACACUGCGAAAGAUUCGGAAAUUCACACGGACGUGACGGUGCUCUCGGAGGUCAAGUCGGCGGAAACUGUGAGAAUGAUGAUUGUGGCGAAGGGAGGAGACACGAUGUCGCUGAAGACUGGAAGGGAAAAGUGA